AUGCUCAAAUUGCGCUGCCUCGAGAACGGCUUGUGUCUACCCACAGCCUGCGCGCCGCCGCCGAUGUCACAAUGUAGUUCAAGCUUCGGAGACACCCCUAACGGGGUCAAGCAAUCCGCCUUCGAGUGUCCCCGGCCAGAGCUAUGUACAAGACUUUGGACGCCUUACCAUCCAGGAAAGGCGCAGUCGGUAUUUGAGCAACAGAUUUUGGGUCCGGCUCGCGGACGAGCAGAGUUCCACGACGGAUUACAGCUGCCUCCGUCGGAUGGGGUUGGCAUACCGGAGACUCGGUCGUCGCCUGUGAAUUAUCCCUCAAGCUUUUUCCUCUUCGGUCCGGAUUACCCUGUGCAUUUGCUACGCAAGUUCUACCCCCCAGCUGGCAAAGCACUCUUGCUGUGGAAAUUCUUUCAGCAGAACGUCUCACCGCUGGUGCCCAUCCUUCACCGACCCACAGCAUCAAAGCUAAUACGGGAUGCGUACGAGAGUCCAGACAGCCAAUUCCAAGAUUCAGAAGCUCUCAUCCUGGUAAUAUAUUUGGCUGCAGUCAUCAGUAUGACGGAGGACCAAUGCCUUGGGAACCUUGGUGUCUGCCGAGCUACUUGCAUCAAGAAUUUCCGAUUUGCCGUAGAACAAGCUUUAUCCAGGGCUGGUCUACUUUAUACAGACAGUUUCAUCCUCCUGCAGGCGGCUGUCCUCUACGUCACCUGCAUCCGCCGCGAGGACGCGCCCAAAUUUACCUUUUCAAUGACUUCGAUCAUUGUGCGACUCGCGCAGGGACUCGGUCUCCACCGGGACGGGACCCUGUUUGGCCUGAGUCUGUUUGAGACGGAGAUGAGGCGCCGUCUGUGGUGGCAUAUUUAUAUUCUGGAUCUUCGUGCAUCCGAAGACCAUGGCAUUGUCCGUCAAAUCAACAGCGACAUGUUCGACACACACCUUCCAUCUAAUCUGAACGAUGAGGAUAUUGUGCCGGAGUUGGACACAAUACCGCAGCAAAAUGACGGGUUCACGGAUGUGACUUUCCUCCGCGUCCGGUGCGAGAUAUCUGUCGCUUUUUCGCAUGAUGCUAUACACAAUGUGGACGCAACAGUCACCCUGUCGAAUACCAAGUUAUCGAGCAAGGAUUCCUUUCAUCAGACCCGACAAUAUAUCGACAAAAAAUACUUGAGCAAAUGCAAUCUUAGUGUGCCAAUCCAGUGGGUCUGUGCCACAGCUUCCCGACUUAUCCUAGCCAAAUAUUGGAUAAUGACUCGAUAUGCCCUGGCCAACUCUGGCAGCCCGAGCGUCAGCACGUGUCUGGACCGCAGCCAGCUUCUUGUCCUGUCCCUGAAGGCCUUAAAAUACUCUCAUCUGCUGGAAAAUCAUGUGUACACUAGUGGAUGGGCCUGGCUCUUCCGCAGCUAUAUCCAGUGGCAUGCGGCCUCGUUCAUCCUCUCGGAGCUGUGUGUGCUUCCACGGUCGGCCAUGACCGAUCAGGCCUGGGCAAUUGUUAGCGUUGUCUUCGAUACCUGGCGAUCAGAUGCUAGCCAACAAAGCGCUAUGGUCUGGAAAUCGAUUACCCAAUUGAAAAAACGAGCGGAUACCUCUGUGCUCCAGCGGCUGAGUACCACGGCCGGAGCAAAUGGAGGGUGGCGGGUACCUUACAAUAUACAACCCAAUAGCCCAAUAAACGCCCCGGAGUUGGCAAUGUUUGAUGCACCAGGUCUAGAUACUACGCUCCCAGACAUCGACUGGCUGAUGGACGCCAUCUCGACUUAA